UUUUUUUUUUAUAUCCCAUGUUUUUAAACCAAAAAGCAAGAUUGAUUUUUAUUGAUAUAAUUUUGAAGAAGAAGAAGAACAUGAUGAAAGAAAUAAAUAAAUGAAAUGGAGAAGGUGGGAAGGUGGUGGAGCUGCCGGUGAGGACUGGUAAUGGUAGUUUUAGCUAGUGAGUUUAAAGCAAAAUAUAUUGUUUAAGGAGAUACCGCCUCAGACUUGGCACCAAAAGCCAAGUGACCAAGAGAGAGAGAGAAAGAGAGUGCUUUGAAGGGUUCAAGGAAGAAGAAGAAGAAGAAGACAUGCACAGUUCCGAGUCUGGCUCUUCAACGAUUCCCAUUACCUGUUUCGCCACACUUUAUUAAAUCCCAAACCAAGCUUAUGCUGUGGUCGGUUCCUGGUUGCCAAUGAGUGUUCAGCCUAAAUAUAAGAGUUUGCUUAAAGAAGAUUUCGGUGUUCGUUCUGUCCAGUCAGAAUCGCAAGUAUUUGUUGGUUGCUCAUCGUGGGAGGGUUCAACUGAGUCACAUGCCCAGCAAUCAUCUGUAUCCAAAAGUCUGAGCUUAAAUAUGGGAGUUCCAACACAACAUUUUCACAACACCAAGCAAUUGAUUUUCCAAUUUCAAGAUCAAGAUUCUUCCUCAACUCAAUCUACAGGUCAAUCUCACUCUGAAGUGGCUAGCAUGAAAGGAAACCUUUAUGGAAAUGACAUGAUUUCAACUCUAUCAGGGUAUAAUGAAACUCAGGGUAAGACUAUGGGAAGCCAUAUUAAGCAAGUCUCAUCAAUGGGAAAUCAGGACUUCGUCUUCCCCUCGCAACUCGACUAUGUUCAACCCAUUGCUCACAUUCCAUUCGGCUAUGGCGAGCCAUACUUUGGUGGUUUACUGGCUGCUGCGGCAUACGGGCCACAUGCUGUGGUUCACAAUUCCCAGGCUGUGGGGAUGGCUCCUGCUCGAAUGCCUUUGCCUUUUGAUCUUACAGAGGAUGAACCACCCAUUUACGUCAAUGCAAAACAGUACCGCGCAAUUCUUAGGAGGAGAAAGUUUCGAGCCAAGCUUGAAGCUCAGAACAAAUUUCUCAAAGUUCGAAAGCCAUAUCUUCAUGAAUCUAGGCACCUCCAUGCGCUGAAGAGGGCUAGAGGAUCUGGGGGACGCUUUUUGAACUCAAAGGAUGUCCAAGAAUCAAACCAUGCCCCCUCAGGACAUGGCCUUCAUGCUUCAAGCUCUGCUCGAAGUCAUUUGAAUAAUAAAAUGAAGGAAUCCGUAGUUCAACAACUGGAAAACUACAAAGAUGGUUCUUCUACCACGUCUUGCUCUGAAGUCACUAGUGCCUCUAACAGUGACGACGUUUUUCAGCAGCAGGACUUUUGGUUCUCUGGCUACCCUAUGCAUGGUCACGAUGUUGAUUCAUGCAGGGGUGUGAACCAACACCACAUCUCUACCCGUCGGUAAGAGAUUUUGCCUUCAACCGUUAACACGAGCAAUCUGUUUGGUGUUCGAAUCGAUUACAGGUGCUGGUGUUCCAAUGGGAAGUCAUCCUUGGCUCGUUACAGUUUACUUAACUUAGUGUUUAUUUCCAUGUGAGCUUAGCUUGUUGGCCUCAAAAAGACAUUUUGACGUUUAGCUAUGGUUUAAAGCUUUCUAGGACUUGGACCAAACGAACUUGCAUGUUUGUGAAAACUAUGAUUAUGAUCACCAGGAAAAAAACUGCUUUGUCUGUGAUCAUAAAUAAUGUUAGUCGAUGUGUUUUCGGAUUGAUCAUGAUCAUCCAUUCAAGGAAGUUUUCAAUUUACUUGAGGGAAAUUUCAGUUUCUAUA